CUCAUUCGCCUACACGAACAUCGCGUAGCCUUGCAUAUCAGCAAGUUUUUGGACUUUCUCAGGUUUCGCUCGGACAGAUUCUUAGUUGCUUAUCUACUCUUCGUUUAGAAUCACCCGUUGAAGGUGUUGAAGAAAAAGAGCGUGGACGAUAGAAAUUAACGACAAAAAAAAAUUCUAAUCGUGACAAUAGCACAUGUGACUCAAUUUUGUUGAACGCCUAAGAUAUUGACUCCGUCGCAAUAUCAGAUCCCACCAAACGCCAACUGUUUUUGCUCUCCUUCUCUGGCGGUGAGGUCAUGGCGAACUCCAAGUACGAAUACGUUCGCGACUUUGAGACAGACGAUGCUCUGCUCAAGAACACUUGGAUCGUCGUGAGAAUCGACGGAAGAGGAUUCCACAAGUUGUCGAAGAAGUAUAACUUCAAGAAGCCAAACGACCCAGAGGCCUUGCGGCUCAUGAACGACGCCGCCAAAGCGGUCAUGCAAGAGCUUACCGACCUGGUCAUGGCGUACGGGGUCAGCGACGAGUACAGCUUCGUCUUCCACAAGGACACCAACCUGUUUGGCCGGCGCGCUUCAAAGCUGAUUUCGACCGUGGUGUCCACCUUCACGGCGUACUACAUCGGAUAUUGGCUGCAGUCGUCGUUCGGGCCCCUCACGCCGCCAAUGCCUACGUUCGACGGGCGCUGCGUUUUGUAUCCCACAGUCGGCAACCUGCGCGACUACAUCUCGUGGCGGCAGGCGGACUGCCACAUCAACAACCUCUACAACACCACGUUCUGGUCCCUGGUGACACAGGGCGAGCCCAGCACCGGCGGCAAGCCCAUGUCCAACACCGAGGCCGAGGCCCGCUUGCAGGGAACGACGAGCGCGGACAAGAACGAAAUCCUCUUUCGGAACGGGAUCAACUACAACAACGAGCUGCCCAUCUACCGAAAGGGCACGGUCUUGUAUCGAGAUUACGAGCUCGCUGCGCCUCUGGACGGCUCAGCUGACAUACUCGAGGCCGUCGUGAGCGACACCGAGGACGCCGUUGCACGGGAAGAGUUCCUUGCGCAGGGAGGCAGCGACACUGUCACAAAGAUGAGCAAGACGGCCCAGGAGAGGGAACGGAAGAGCAAACAGAAGGCUGGCAUUAAGAUGGAGCACUGCGAUCUGAUCAACAACGACUUCUGGCACAGGCGACCGUGGAUUUUGAGUGGGAGGGCUGGAAAGUUGAGGAAGACACCAGCUUCAGAGACCACCACAACUAAGGAGAUUGCAGGCGGCGAACAGGCUGAGCUGAAGGAGGCGAAGGGGGAUAAUGACGAAACGGUCGGUGUUCCAAUCAGAUGAAUGAUUUUCUUCUUAUGAGACCUGCUCCAAAUCCAUCUACCACAGUGUUUCUGCUCGUAGAACGACGUGAAGAAUGUUCACGAUACAUCCUUGUUUCAUCAAAGGACGAACAAGUGUUAACUGCUGCUCCGCGUUCACGCAGCGCGGCGCCGAUAGGAGCAACGGAAGUAGAAUAUAUGACUGAGAAAAUUUGCCUAUAAGUAUUGCUUG